CCUCACUUGCUUAGAACUCUUUAACUGUGGUGAUGGGUAUCUCGAUUGAAGACGAGAAGUCAACAGCUGGAGCUUUGACUGUUGAAGAUGAGCGGUUCGACACCCCACCAACUGUUGCCACUGAGAGCAUUGAUAGCAAAGAUCUCGAUAGGGCGUUCAUCUACCUCGCUGGCCAGGACCAGAGCCGUCUCGAUGAUAAUGUGGAUCUUAAAGCUUUGCGACGUAAGAUCGAUUUGCGGAUCAUCCCAGUUAUGGCUGCUUGCUAUGGGUUGCAGUUCCUUGACAAGGUUCUCAUCAACUAUUCAGGUGUUAUGGGUAUACGGGAAGAACUUCGCCUUGUUGAGAAUGACUUCUCAAAUGCGUCUUCUGUAUUCUACAUAUCCUAUUUAAUUGCGAUGGUUCCUAACGGGUAUAUACUCCAAAAGGUCACUGUGACAAAAUGGCUAUGUAUCCUUGCCUUCCUAUGGGGUAUUGCAACAGCCUGUACUGCGGCAACAUUCAGCUAUCACUCCCUCUUGAUAACUCGCAUAUUUGCCGGACUUUUUGAAUCGCCCGUCUCGCCUUGCAUGAUGUUAAUAAGCAGCCAAUGGUACACUUCACAGGAACAAGCAUCGCGCUAUAGCUUCUGGUUCUGUGGUGCAGGGGUGGCCCAGAUAUUAGGUGCCUUCAUCUCUUACGGAUUCCAACACGUCCGUAGUACGACUUUGAUAUCAUCAUGGAGGAUUAUGUAUUUGACCCUCGGGCUUAUCACGUCCUUGGUAGGAGUUGUGGGCUUCUUUAUUCUUCCCAAAUCACCUAUGACAGCGAAAUUUCUCACCAAUUCCGAGAAGGUUGCUCUCCUUAAUCACAUCGCAGUCAAUCAAACUGGCAUUGAGAACCGCCACUUCAAGUUGAGUCACUUGAAGGAGACCGUCCUCGACAUCCAGAUAUGGUUGUUAGUGCUAAUGACUAUCUCGAUAACAUGCUCCAGCGGCGUUAUCUCCUCCUACUCUUCCAUUGUGAUCGCGAAUCUUGGUUACUCUGCCCCAAAAGCAGCCCUCCUCAAUGCCCCGAGUGGCCUCGUCACCAUCAGCACUUCGCUCAUCGCAGGCUUUGGGGUUCGUUACAGCUCUAACCGCCGCUGGGCCUGGAUAGCCACAUUCUGCAUUCCAGGCAUGAUCGGCGGCGCCUUGAUGUCUUUCAUGCCUCACAGCAAACCGGCUGCUAUCAUCAUCGGCACCCACCUCGUCUAUGCUAUUGUCCCAACGCUGAUGCUGACUUUCCAGUGGGCGAUGUCAAACUGUGUUGGACAGACAAAGCGAGUCCUUGCUUCUGCAUUCGUCACUGCAGGAUAUGCAAUUGGAAGCAUAAUUGGCCCCCAGACAUUCCAGGAUAGAGAUAAGCCAGAGUAUAAGCCAGCAAAAAUUGCAAUACUUGCUACCCAGGGCGGGGGUGGGUUCUUUGCGAUACUGCUGUUUGGGUACUAUUAUUGGGCCAAUAAAAAGAAGGAUAGAGUAGAAGUUGCUUUGGGGCCACGCUCUGGGACCGAAGAGGGAAGGCAGGAAUGGGGGGGCAAGACGGAUAAGGAGAAUUUGUCGUUCAGAUACGUUUACUAG